AUGGAAUAUAUAAAGAUAGUUGAAACCAUCAUACCUUUUUUGAUUAACAAAAUUAUGAUUACAAUAGAGGAUAAGAUAUUUGCAAAUUUAGAAUCAUAAUCAAGUGCCUCUUAUACAAUAAAUAUGGCCUUUAAUAUGAUGCAUUAGUAAUGUUUUGAUCCUUAUUUUCAAAAUUAUAUUGAAUAAGAGGAUUUUGAUCCCAAGAGUUCUAAAAAGGAAAGAUUUAGAGCUUAUGAUAUUAAAGACAUAGCAGCUGUCUCAUUUAGGUUAAUAUCUAAAAUUGAAUUGUAUCCUUAAGAUUAAUUUGUGAAACCAAUAUAAUUAUGGGAAGAUUAUGAACCAUAACUGGUUAGAUAAAAAACAAUUGAAUAUAUUGAAGAAUAUCCAAAUGAAAGAAGAAUAAUGGAAUAAAAAUACAUAGAUAAAUCAAAUAAGGAAUAAAUAUUAAGAUAACGAUCUAAAGAGAAACGAUUAAUGAAAGAAUAAUUUAAUAGAUUGAUAAUGCAAAUAGGAUCAAAAGAAUAUACUUAUGAUUAUAAUUGUGAUCCUAUUGCAAGAUCUAACAAUUAAAUUAGAAAAGAUGUAAUAAUUACAUUGCCAUUUGAAGUACCAAAGACUGAUAAUAAUACUGUGAUAUCGAAACCAAAAUUUGUGGAAUAGAUACGAUAGAAACGUAGAUAAGCAGAUAAUGAUGAUACAAUAGUUGAGUUUAUUGAAUAAUAAAAAUAAGAUAUUAAAUUAUAACCAGGUGUUAGUUUGAGCUUUUAAACUACUGAAUAUCAGAAUACUAUAUAAAAAUAAAUAUCACAGGAAUCUAAAUAGACAUUUAAGAUAUUAAAUUAAAAUAAAUAAUCAAAAGGAUUCAGAGACAUAAUAAAAUUAAACGAUAUUAAUUUAUUAACUUAUUUAUAAUAAUAUAAUAAUUUGGAUUAUAAUUAAGACAAACUUAUAUCUAAUAGAAAUAAGACAUAAUAAGUUACUCAAACUUAUUAGAGUCUAAUAGAUUAAUAGACUAUUAAAAGAGAUGUAUUAAGAUUACCUAAAUUAAGAUAACAUUCAAUAAAUGUUAGAACAAAGAUUAAAAGUAGAUAAUAAUAAACCUACUCAAUUGUUACUUAUAGAGAUUGA